UCCCAUGCGCCAUUUUAGCGGCUGGUAUCCGCGCCGUAGGUUGGCCCAAAGACAGCCUGGACCUCGUCUGCCAGCACAAAACAGCUGCACAUGCAUGUACCUGCCGUCGGCAUACAGAGCCCAAUAGUAGCCCUGCAGAGGAAAAAAAAAAAGACCCCUGACAGCUCGAUGAUGAUCCAAAGUUCCAGAACCGGGACCCCACCAACAGUGAAAAUCCCACCCGAGCGAGCUUUAUAAAAACUCCACCAAGCCGAACCAUCACCAGAUCUACAGCUUUGAUUCUUUUUAAUAUUUUCUAAGGAUAUUUCUCAGAAUGAGGGGCGAGAUCCUGCAUCUGCACGUCGGCCAGGCCGGCGUCCAGCUCGGUAACGCAGCUUGGGAGCUCUACUGUCUCGAGCACGGCCUCGGUCGCGACGGCCGCAUCAGCCCGGAUGCCCAUGACCGCGAUGAUCUGGGCGUCUUCGACACCUUCUUCAACGAGACCAGCGGCGGCAAGCACGUGCCGCGGUCCAUCUUCGUCGACCUCGAUCCGUCCCCCAUUGACGAGAUCCGGACGGGCGACUACCGCCAGCUGUUCCACCCGGAGCUGCUCAUCAGCGGCAAAGAGGACGCGGCGAACAACUAUGCGCGCGGGCACUACACCGUCGGCAAGGAGAUGAUUGACACCGUCAUGGACAAGAUCCGCCGUGUUGCCGACAACUGUCACUCGCUUCAGGGAUUCCUCGUCUUCCACUCGUUUGGCGGCGGUACUGGAUCCGGCUUUGGAGCCCUGAUGCUUGAGCGUCUGGCCACCGAAUACGGCAAAAAGACGAAGCUCGAGUUUUCCGUGUAUCCGGCUCCUCGCACAUCCUCUGCCGUUGUCGAACCUUACAAUGCAGUCCUCUCAACCCACAGCACAAUCGAGCACUCAGACUGCACGUUCUUGGUGGACAACGAGGCGGUCUAUGACAUCUGCCAGCGGAAUCUUGACAUUUCUCGGCCGUCUUUCGAUCACCUCAACCGCCUCAUCGCGCAAGUGGUCAGCUCCAUCACUUCGUCGCUGCGAUUUGACGGCGCCCUCAACGUCGACCUGAACGAGUUCCAGACCAACCUCGUUCCUUUCCCGCGCAUCCACUACCCCCUGAUCAGCUAUGCCCCGGUUGUUUCUGCAAAGAAGAGCUCCCACGAGAGCUUCAAGAUUCAGGAUCUGACACUUCAAUGCUUUGAGCCCAACAACCAGAUGGUUGUCUGCGACCCCCGCAACGGCAAGUACAUGGCCGUGGUUCUGCUGUAUCGCGGCGAUGUUGUUCCUCGUGACUGCACAGUCGCCGUCGCUCACAUCAAGGCCAAGGCCACCUUCAACAUGGUCGACUGGUGCCCCACGGGCUUCAAGCUCGGCAUCACCUACCAGAAGCCCACGGCCGUCCCCACCGAGGAGGGCGGCCUCGCCGCCGUGAAGCGCUCCGUGUCCAUGCUCUCCAACACGACCGCCAUCGCCGAAGCCUGGUCACGGCUGGACUACAAGUUCGACCUCAUGCACAACAAGCGCGCCUUUGUCCACUGGUACGUCGGCGAGGGCAUGGAGGAGGGCGAGUUCUCCGAGGCGCGAGAGGAUCUGGCUGCUCUGGAGAGGGAUUACGAGGAGGUCGCCGCCGACUCGUUCGGACCUGACGACACUGCCGAGUACUGA